AUGAACCCUAAUCUUGCUCCAAUCCACGCUUCAUCAAUACAAUCAUCAUCAUCAUCAAUAUCAUCAACACCAUACGGACUAACAAAGGAAGAAUUCUCAACACUAGAUCCCAUCAUCCGUACACACCACACGUUCCCAAGAUCGCCAAACACGUGCGCGUCCCUCAUAGUACACCGCGUAGACGCACCAGCACGUGCCAUAUGGAGAUUCGUCCGCGACUUCGCAAAUCCAAACAAAUACAAACACUUCAUCAAAAGCUGCACCAUCAGAGGUAACGGUAAAGAGAUUAGCGUCGGGACGAUAAGGGAAGUUAGCGUGGUGUCUGGUCUUCCAGCGUCAACAAGCGUUGAGAUACUCGAAGCCCUAGACGAAGAGAAACGAAUCUUGAGUUUUCGUGUUCUUGGAGGAGAACACCGGUUAAGAAAUUACCGGUCGGUUACAUCGGUUAACGAGUUCGUCGUCUUGGACAAGGAUAAGGUCAAGAGAGUGUACAGUGUGGUGUUGGAGUCGUACAUUGUUGAUAUACCAAAAGGUAACACGGAGGAAGAUACGAGGAUGUUUGUGGAUACUGUCGUUAAAUCAAAUCUACAAAAUCUCGCCGCCGUUUCCACGGCUUCUCCGACCUGA